AUGAGGGGUCCAACCACCCCAACUCCUCCGUCCCACUUCUGCCCCCAUUUUCUUCCUCCCUCCCUACUCAAACCUUUUUCCUCUCCCUCCCUUUCAUCCCCACCUUCCCCCCUCCAUCUUCCCUCCUUCUCCCACCUGUCCCCUUGUCCCGCCAUCCUCCCUCCCCCUCCCUAUUGCGCCGACAUUUUCGCCGCAGGAACAACUCUCCCAUCGCCUCUUGCCACAGCAACCGAUUACGACGAAGCAGGCAGAGCGAGAGAGACGGCCUCGCGCGGGUACAAGCGCGAGGACGGCGUCUGCUGGAGCCGCGCCGAGAUGGCAUGCUACGCGGGCAUAGCAACCGCCGGCUAUCCCACGAGAGGCGCCGCUGAAGCGUGCGUGCAGCCGCAUGUGUCCGGGGCGCUUGAGACGAAACUGCGGCAGUACCACCGGUACCGGCGAGAGUGCCUGCGGCAGGAGCCGAUGCCUCAGCUGCGCGCCACGCUGCUAGCUGGAAACCGCACUGCCUGCCGCUACCUGCUCUACCACCAAACUAUAGACGGGCAGGGCAACCGGCUCAUGUCGCUCGUCUCCUCGUUCGCGUACGCGCUGCUGACGGAUCGGAUUCUCCUGCUGCUGUCUCGCAGUGGGCCCGCUACAGAGUUCUGUGAGCCGUUUGAGCAUGAGGCGUCGUGGGUACUGUUCGAUGGGCCGGAGGAAGAAGGGGAGGAGUAUGCCAGGGUGCUUCGGUCCAGAGUGGCUAAGGAGUGGAGGAGCGCGAGGGAGGGAGAGGAGGCAUGGGCGUCGGCGUUUCUUGUCAGUCAUACUGUGUCUGCCUUCUCACAUGCCUUGUACGCGCAGCUUUACCCAUGCUUAACGGAUGGGUUGUUUUCAUAG